AUGGAUUACAGUCAAUAUCAACAACAGGGACAAAAUACAAAUUCGGGCUACACAAACUCGGCUGCUGCUAAUAACAUCACAUCGCCAACGAACAACAUCUCCCAGCACCCAGUGCAAUCGUCGCCCAUUGUCGCUUCCCAGCAACAGCAAGGUCAAACUCAAGGUCACGGCAUGUACCAACCACCAUACGGAGUGCCGCAGCAGGGUAUGCAGCAAGUCCACUAUGGAAUGCCUGGGAUACAGGCGGCCGCAAUGGCCGCAACCGCUGCUGCCUCUGGCGCAAACUAUCCCUAUAUGCCUUCGGAUCCCAACAUGCCCCAAAGCUCACCUCGCACGGGCACCAACGCUAAGAAUGAUGGACGCCAAUCUCCUCGCAUGAACAGCAUGUCUCAAUUACCUGGCCGCAGGAUGAGUCAGGUUACGAGCCCCGGCGUUGCUACUGCACCGAUGAUGAGCCAUGCCGGCGCGCGACCAGGCGUCGCCCCACCGCAGAUGCCGACCGCACAGAUGCAACAUCCACAAUCGCCCGACAUGCCGGCCGCUAGCGGUGCGGAAGAAUCGCCCUUGUAUGUGAACGCCAAGCAAUUCCACCGCAUCCUCAAGCGCCGCGUUGCCCGACAAAAGCUCGAAGAACAACUGCGAUUGACGUCAAAAGGACGGAAGCCAUAUCUCCACGAAUCACGACACAACCAUGCUAUGCGAAGACCUCGUGGCCCUGGCGGUCGCUUUCUCACUGCGGAAGAGGUUGCGGCUAUGGAACGUGAUGGUGAGAAGAGCGCCGAUGGAAAAGACAACUCUGCUGGGGAGAACUCUGGGAACGCUGGAACAAAGCGCAAGUCUGAAGCUGGCUCUGCAACCUCGAAUAAAAAAGCUAAGACGGACACAGCGAGCCCAGGGGAUGACGAAGAUGAGGACGAGGGUUAA